AUGAUCACGUCUAUCUCCCUGUCUCAGUUUGUAUGCUCGGGUCUGUCUCGGUUUGUAUGCUCGCUUUCUAUCUACCCGUCUCGGUUUUUUUAUGCUCGCUUUCUAUCUACCGGUCUCAGUUUGUAUGCUCACUUUCUAUCUACCUGUCUCAGUUUGUAUGCUCGCGUCUAUCUACCUGUCACAGUUUGCACGCUCGCUUUCUAUCUACCUGUCUCGCUUUUUUAUGCUCGCGUCUAUCUACAUGUCUCAGUUUGUAUGCUCGCGUCUAUCUACCUGUCUCAGCUUGUACGCUCGCUAUCUACCUGUCUCGGUUUUUUUAUGCUCGCGUCUAUCUACCUGUCUCAGUUUGUAUGCUCGCGUGUAUCUACCUGUUUCAGUUUGUAUGCUCGCGUCGAACUGUCUCAGUUUAUAUGCUCACGUCUCUCUACAUCUCUCGGUUUUUAUGUUCGCGUCUAUCUACCUGUCUGGGUUUUUAUGCUCGUGUCUAUCAACCUGUCUCAGUUUGUCUGCUCACGUCUAUUUAUCUCAAUAUGUUCGCUUCUGUCUAUCACAAUUUGUUUGCUUUUAUGUUUCUAA